GUUGCUGUUGUUGCUGCUGUUGCUGCUGUUGCUGCCGGUCUAACACUUCUGGAGGCGAUGCAGGGGAUGCGGUGAAGCCUCGAAGGAGGAGAGAAGCAGAAAGACACCUUCUGAUGGAGAGCUGCUGAUUGACAGAGAGGAAAGGAGGAAGAGAGCGCGCAGAAGCAGCCUACAGUGAAGAAGCCAAAGAGGAGGAGUAGGAGGAGGAGGAGGAGGUGAGACGAGCGACUGGCGGCGGAGAAGAAUAGGUGGUGGUACAGUCCGGCUGUAGACCCUCAGGCUCCAGGCGCUCAAUAGAGAUGGAUCUGCAUUCAGCUUUCAACAACAUGAUUUGGCACGUGCCUUUCCUCCUGCUCCUGCUCGGAUGCCAAAAUAGUCUUUGCCAGCAGUCGUCGGAGGCUCAGAAGGAGGCGGACGCCAACGAAGACAGCACGGUUUUCACCAGGAUCCUGGACGGCCUCCUGGACGGCUACGACAACAGGCUCCGCCCGGGACUCGGAGAGAACGUGACCGAGAUCAAGACCAACAUCUUUGUCACCAGCUUCGGCCCCGUGUCCGACACAGAGAUGGAGUACACCAUAGACGUGUUCUUUCGUCAAAGCUGGAAGGACGAGCGCCUCUGCUUCAAGGGGCCCAUGGAGAUGCUGCCCUUGAACAACCUGCUGGCCAGCAACAUCUGGACCCCCGACACCUUCUUCCUCAACGGCAAGAAGUCCAUCGCCCACAACAUGACCACGCCCAACAAGCUGCUGAGGCUGAAGGACGACGGCACCCUGCUCUACACAAUGAGGUUGACGAUCUCAGCAGAAUGCCCCAUGCAGCUGGAGGACUUCCCCAUGGACGCCCACGCCUGCCCACUCAAGUUUGGCAGCUAUGCCUAUCCAGUAUCCGAGGUGGUCUACACAUGGACUCAAGGAGCUGCCAAGUCUGUCGUGGUGGCAGAAGACGGUUCCAGGCUCAACCAGUACCAUCUGAUUGGACAGACAGCCAACACAGAGGACAUACACACAAGCAGAGGACAGUACACUGUGAUGAUGGCACACUUCUACCUGAAGAGGAAAAUCGGAUAUUUUGUCAUCCAGACAUAUAUGCCGUGUUUCAUGACUGUAAUCCUGUCCCAGGUGUCAUUUUGGCUUAACAGAGAGUCAGUUCCUGCACGGACCGUGUUUGGGGUGACUACGGUGCUGACUAUGACCACGCUCAGCAUCAGCGCCAGAAACUCGCUUCCUAAAGUAGCCUACGCGACAGCCAUGGACUGGUUCAUUGCCGUCUGCUAUGCUUUUGUCUUUUCGGCUCUCAUUGAGUUUGCCACGGUGAACUACUUCACCAAAAGGAGCUGGGCCUGGGACGGCAAGAAAGCUCUGGAAGCCCAGCACCCUAAGAAGCGAGACCCGAUGGUGCUCUCGAAAAAGGCCAACAACGUCUGCUCGGCAGGCGUCAACUAUACCCCCAACUUCACCAAGGACGUGUCCAUCUCCACCAUCUCCAACACGACGUCGGUGCAGCUGCGAGGAGGCCCAGAGAGCAAGCUGGUGGACCCCAAGAAGACGUACAACAGCGUCAGCAAGAUCGACAAGAUGUCGCGGAUAGUGUUCCCCGUCCUCUUCGGAACCUUUAAUCUGGUCUACUGGGCCACAUACCUGAACAGAGAACCGAUGGUGCAAGGAGUUGUCGCGUCAACAUAAUCGCCGUUUUUUUUUUUUGUUUGUUUUGUUUUUUGUGGGAUUUUUUUCUUUCUGAAACUGAAUUAAUGUAAAAGAAGAAAGGGUUUGAGCUUAAUCAAUCUCCGCUUUACAAGAUAAAAAUGAAAAACAAACAUCUGCGCUUGAAGAACAAAAAAAAAACUUUACUCGUCUGUCUGUUCAGACACUUUGAAUGGAUGCAAGGCUGCGAAAAGUAAAAAAAAAAAAAUCCUUUCCUAUUCUCGUGGCCUAAAAAAAACAAACUGCUUGAUAAUGAAGAAACUGCUUCAAAGAAUCAGGAGAGCAACUGCUUUGCUUCUGUCUUGUCUAUCCCGCUGCAGUUUGCAUGACAUUCUCCUCUACAGGAAACCGUGGACUCCUUUGUCUUGAAUACCGACAAUGUAUGUGCAGAGCCUCAUUUGGUUUGGGUUGAAAGGUUAAAGUUCAAUGGUAAAUAAUGCUGCAAAAAGUAUUAGUUUAGCAUUUUGUUCCCACCCACCUGCCGUUAUUUUCCAUUGUACUGGUUCAAAACAGUUAGAUACAAUCCUAGAAUCCCAUUAGAAAAACAUAAUAAACAACCAGAAAGUAAAAAAAUACAAGUCCUAAAUAUUUACAUUAAAAGUAUAGGAAAGCAACACGUGGAAUAAAAAAAAUGAUUUGGCCUAUAAGGUGAAAAAAUAGCACAGAGUGAUGUGUAAGCACAAUUCUGGGGCUGGAUAUAUGCGAUUUAAAUGAAAUGUAAGCCUUGGUAACUCAGCCAUGAAACUAAUAUACACAGCCGAGAAGCCAGCUACCUGAAAAGCAGCGUGUCACAUACAAAUCAGCGGAGUUAUGUGGAGAGUUCAAAGACUGUAAUUCUGUGAAGUGACCUGGAUUCAAGAUGCCUUUUAAGCAUCCUUGAGCAGAACACUGUAGCUCUAAAAGCUCCAGGAGCUGGUUUUACCCUCAGUUUGGCUACAGCUAAAAAUAACAGCCAACUCUUAACCAUACUAAAGUAGCUUAUCAAGUAGAACUCAUUUGCCUUCAAUUUUAAAUUUAAUUGAGCAUUUUUGGAAGUUAACAGGCCCUGAAGACCUAAUAGUCUGAAAAGUUCCAAAAGGUACAGUUAGGGAGAAAAAGAAAACAUAAUCCUAGACACCAUUAUUAAGGUUUUCCCUUUGAGCACAUCUCUAAAAAAAACCCUCAACAUUGCUUUUUUUGUUUGCAUAAAUGGACAAAAAGCAUUUAAAUGUCAGCGCUAUCAUCUUCUAGAAGCCUGUUCCUGCAGUUGCGCCAACUCACUGGGAUCAUGCCACCAUAGUGUCUUUCAGGUGUUUUUUAAUUUUUUUUUAUUAUUAUGGCUUUUACUUUUUCAAGAAACAUAUCCUUAAAGACUGUAUAAUAUAUGGUUAUCUGAUCAUUUUACCUAUUUUACAAAGAAUAAAAACAAUCUUAAACAUUUAAUCCCUAAUUUAGGGCCAUCUGUUAUUAGACAUACUUUCAGCCUCCUUAAUCAAGAAGGGUUGAGCCGUAUGUUGUUAUUUAGGUUGAUAUAAAGGUGAUUUAUGUAUUUUUGUUAUUAGAAAAACGUAACUCCAGAAAAUAACAAAAAAGGUUUAACUCUACACCUGAAUAUAAUUUGGUGUUUGCAUAUAAUUUCAGAAACAACAUAAAGUAAGCUUAGAUACAUUUUUAGGUCAUUGUAAUUUAUAUCAUUAGUUCUGUCUUAUUCUGCUAACAGAUGUUAAGUUUUGCCUCAAACAUUGUUACUGUUGAAAUAAAUCAUUUAAAAACAAGUUAUCAAAAUUAGCUAAACACAAACUUUAGUGUUUUGUUAAUUUGUUUACAACAAAGAAGCAAAUGUGGCUCCUCCUCUAUGUGGUAAAACAGGACUCCUUACUAGCUAGCUUGUUAUUAAGCUCAUUAGCUCGUUUGCUAACGGGCUGACGAUAUCUGUUUUAGCGACCUGUUAGCAAGAGGUUAGCUACUGGAACAUGCUAACGUUACUCUGCUUCAACUCAAAAGUUUUGGUUUCCCUGUAUGCCCUUCCCCUUCUAGCAACUAAUUAGUAAUGAAUGUACUUAAAAUGAACAACUAUAAUCAAUAUGUUAUACAGAUAUUUAAAAAGGCCUCCUUACUAGCUAGCUAGUCGGGAUGCUUGUAAGAUGAGUAAUACAUUGUCAAAAUCUGUCAUUUUAUUUCAUAUGUUAUCCUCUGACACAUAAGAACACUUUGGAUUUUAUGUUUUACUGUUACUUUUCAGCUGUCUACUAAAAGGGGUUAAUUAUUGGAUUCUUGGAAACACAUGCUAAUGUACGCCUGCAUCGCAUCAAAGGUUUUGUUUCCUAUUUAUAAUGCCGUUAAUUUCUCCCACAAUCUAACGGUUUAGGAAUGUACAUAAAACGACUUAAAAUUUAAAAAAUUUUAAUUAAAGAGAAAAGUUCUUGAGAACGGGGUGAAACAGGUCUUCUUAGCUAUUUAGUUGGAAAGCUUAUUAGCUUAGUUGCUAAUCUGUUUUCAAAGACAUGUUCUGUACCUGACAUGUUACAAACCAAGUUUAUUUUUAUUUUGUGGGUUAAAAGUUAACGCCAUAGCCAGUAAUAUUCUUCCAUUUUUGAUUUCCUCUUAAUGUAACUUCCAAGCUCAUUCUUCUAAUGCUUGCUAUUUAUUGGGUUGAAACAGGUGGAAUACCAGAAGAAAUUAGGUCCAAGCAUACAAUUUCUAUACAUUUACUUUCCCUCUUGAGUGGACAAACUUUUAUUGUAUUAGAUCUACGUUUAAGAAAAUAAGUCUUUACAUUUUAGCCAAUUGUUUAAGUGUCAAAAAAGAAACAUGUACUGUAAAUACAAUUUCCAUUUUUAGAUUUU